AAUGAGAAAUCCAGGCGCUCACAAGAGACUGUACAAAUAACUUUUGGGGCACCGCUAACUCAUUCAGCAGAAAGAGUCCCAGGGCUGCCAAUGCUUCAGGGAAGGUAAGUGAGUGGAAAGAAGGUGUUCUUUAGAGAGGCAGCCGGCAGAAGGAUUCUGCGCGGUUGAGUGUGAGCUCCACCCUUGCAGCAGAGCCGAAAAAGCCUGAUCCAGGCUCCUCAGCCCCUCUCUUCUUUGAUUAGGAAUUUGGGGGCGGGCCCUGGCCUGGCACACACCCGCACUUUCUCAGUAGGCACUGGCUCCUUGCUCUCCCUUCCUCUCUCUCACACGUUCUCCAACCCCAGGAGGCCAGACAGAGGGACGCGGUCACUCUCUGCAAGGUUCAACUCGAGAGAGAAAAUGCAGUGGGCCUCCCUCCUGCUGCUGGCAGGGCUCUGCUCCCUCUCCCAGGCUCAGUAUGAAGAGGAAGAUUCUCACUGGUGGUUCCAAUACCUCCGCAGUCAGCAGUCCACCUACUACGACCCCUAUGACCCUUACCCAUAUGAGCCCUCCGAGCCUUACCCCUACGAGGUGGAGGAGGGCCCAGCCUACUUCUACGGUUCACCAUCCCCACCAGAACCCCGUGACUGCCCCCAGGAGUGUGACUGUCCCCCCAACUUCCCCACAGCCAUGUACUGUGACAACCGCAACCUCAAGUACCUGCCCUUCGUGCCCUCACGCAUGAAGUAUGUCUACUUCCAGAACAACCAGAUCUCCUCCAUCCAGGAAGGCGCCUUCGACAAUGCCACUGGGCUGCUCUGGAUUGCGCUCCACGGCAACCAGAUCACCAGUGAUAAGGUGGGCAGGAGGGUCUUCUCCAAGCUGAGGCACCUGGAGAGGCUGUACCUGGAUCACAACAACCUGACCCGGAUGCCCGGCCCUCUGCCUCGGUCCCUGCGAGAGCUCCAUCUCGACCACAAUCAGAUCUCACGGGUCCCCAACAAUGCUUUGGAGGGGUUGGAGAACCUCACAGCCUUGUACCUCCAACACAAUGAGAUCCAGGAAGUAGGCAGCUCCAUGAGGGGCCUCCGGUCCCUGAUCUUGCUGGACCUGAGCUACAACCACCUCCGGAGGGUGCCCGAUGGGCUGCCCUCAGCCCUCGAGCAGCUAUACUUGGAGCAUAACAACGUCUACACUGUCCCCGAUAGCUACUUCCGGGGGUCACCCAAGCUGCUCUAUGUGCGGUUGUCACACAACAGUCUCACCAACAGUGGCCUGGCCACCAACACCUUCAAUUCCAGCAGCCUCCUCGAGCUUGACCUGUCCUACAACCAGCUACAGAAGAUUCCCCCUGUCAACACCAACCUGGAGAACCUCUACCUCCAAGGCAACAGGAUCAAUGAGUUUUCCAUCAGCAGCUUCUGCACCGUGGUGGACGUCAUGAACUUCUCCAAGCUGCAGGUGCUGCGCCUGGACGGCAACGAGAUCCAGCGCAGCGCCAUGCCGGUGGACGCGCCCCUGUGCCUGCGCCUCGCCAGCCUCAUCGAGAUUUGAGCGGCCCGCGCACUGCGCAGCAGCCACCGGGCGCACAGCCCCACCGCCCCGCUGCAUCGGCUGGAUGGCUUGGUUUGGCUUUUGCUGGAAGGUCUGGGACAACCAUGUGAC